CAAGUCAUGCAUAGAUGGCGCUGUUGUCAAAAGGUAACAUUUUCAUUAGGAGCUAACUUCGCGUCCAUCUUAUUGAUUUUCCUCUCCGUACUGACUUCGCAUUCUUCUUUCAUUUCCUCGCAAGCUCUCCGGUAUAACUUUACACUAAAUAUCCCAGUAAAUGUAGUUAAACGUAACUCGAAACAUUUCCUUAGUUAUGAUUUGACGAAUGAAGUGUCCUUUUAUUUAGUGGUUUUUUUAUUAGUGGGGAUUUUAUUAUGUUAGUGAUGGGAGAUUUGAGUGCAGUGGUGAUGGUGGCCAGAUAAAGGGAUAUGCCGAAACGCAUCCCGUUCCACGUCGUAUACGCAACAAGUGAGGACAGCUCGUACCCAGCAUGCGAGCUGAACUCGCAGGGGCCGGCGGCGCGCGGGUGGCGCUCCGCGGGCGGCCCGCCGCACGAGCUGCUGCUGCGGCUCACCAGCGUCGCCAGCGUGCACAAGCUGCAGCUCCUGGCCCACCACCAGCUAAUCCCAUCAAGCGUGGAGGUCCUCGUAUCUGGCGGGCUGGUGUCCGAGGGCGCCGCUACACCCUGUGGAGCCACCUACACCAGCGUGGGCCGCGUCACACUCGCCAGGCCCGCGGCACAGGCCAGGACCAGGGAACUCAGGUCGGCAGCUCUUCCAGAACCUACCAUCGCUCGAUUCGUGAAGCUGAAACUCACUGGCCCGCACCCACCAGCAAGCGAUAACGACCAGGUAGCACUAAUGGCAGUGAACGUGCUGGGCGAGGAGGUGGAGGACCUGGAGAGGUCGCCCGUGUCCAGCAAGGAGCUGUGCUACUCGCCCUACGACGACCUGGCCUUCGUCAUGUAUGUCGACACCGAGAUCGCCGACCUGGUCAGGAGCUUGGAUGAGAAGAAACGGGUUGCAGUGUGUGAAGAGCGAUUCGAAUACGCUCGGCGCCUGAAGUCAGCAGGCGCGGCGCUGGCGGCGGCGGGCAUCAGGGUCGGGCGGUGGCGGCUGCGCAAGCGCACGGCGGCGGCGCGCGACGACUUCGAGCUGGCGCGCCGCAUGCGGGACCGCAUCGCGGACGCGCUCGCCGGGAUCAAGGACGACCCGGCGCUCAUGAGGCUGUUUGAGGAGGAAGGGCCGGACACCCGCAACGACUCGUCAAUGGCGCAAGAGUACGACUUCUCCCACCACCUGUCUCCGUCCGUGGCCGCCGGCGCGCUGAGCCUCGACAUCCCGUCGCCCGUGCCGCCCCUCGACGAGCCCGUCUGCCAGGAACAGGAGCAGGAACAAAAUGAACGUGAUGUGCCCGUAAGGAUUGAUUGUCGUAUGCAAUAGCCCGCCUCUUCGAGAGAAGAGAUCCAGAGGAGAGAAGAGACCCAAAAAAGAGAUGAGGUCCUAAGGAGAGAAGAGAUCCAGAGGAGAGAAGAAGAAGAGUUGAGGAAAGAGACUGAUAGUCCUAGGAGGAGUAUCACUCCUAACGCUGCCAAUGGCACUUUGGUGCGGCGGAGGAAUAAAAGCGCUGGGCCUAGAUCUACUUUCGAAGCGUAUGAAGAAAGACUGCUUCCAGCUUUGAGACAUUCUCACACGAACGAGUACCUUCGCGAGGCGCGCGAGGAGGAGUGCAGCGGCGGCGGCAGCGCCUCUUCCCACCCCAGGCCACCGCACAAGCUCAACGAGCGGGAACGCAAGCAGGCCGCUCUGCCCAUACUCAUCUUCGGCUAUCCUAUUGUGGAGAAAUUCUAUUCCAAAAACUACCUGGACAAGGAGGAAGGUCUGGCAAGGUUGCGCGCCGAGCUGACAUCUCCAUCCAAUGGCAGCACGAAAACGUCACCCAACAAGACGGCGCGAGCGGCGGCCCUGCUGCUGCAGCGCGCGCUCAGGGACAAGGUGUUCUCCGUGUACAGCCAGGCCAACGAGGUCCUCAAGACGCUGUUCCAGGAGUUCGUGCCGGGCAGGGUAUGCGCCGCUGAAGUGGGCCGUUGUCUGGAGAAGCUGCUGCCAGAAUUACUCCGAGCCUGCGGGGACCCGGCGCCCAGGGUGCACUCCACCGCGCAGCACACCGUGCUCACUGUCGCCGACUGCCCGCAAGUCAGGGCGCUGCAUAUGAUCCCGCAGCAGCUGGUGCGCGCGGUGCCCGCCUCCAUGCACCCGCGCCUGGCGCUCUCGCGCCUGCAGAUGCUGGAACAACUCAUCCUGAGCCACGGCAUCUCGACCGAUAAGAACAGCGGGCUGACGGUCCGUCGCCUCGCCGAGUGCGGCGCGGCGGGCGCGCAGCACGCCGCCGGCUCGGUGCGCGCCGCCGCCGAGCGCAUCCUGCUCGCCGCCUACGCGCGCUCGCCGAGAGUGGUCCGGGCUCAGCUGCCGCCCGACGACGCGGUGACGCGCCGAAACCUUAUCUAUCGACAUUUGUUCCAGCAGUUCGACAGGAUUGACAUGCAGAAAAUCUUAAACCAAGCGCCUUCAGAAGAACAGCUCCUGAAUGGUGACCAAUCGGCAUCUCACUCCGCCGUAGAGACCGCAAGCGUCGCCCAAUCCACGCGCAGCGGCACCACCAGCGGCGUGACCUCGUCGUUCGGGAUGACGUCAUCCAUCGGAGCCACCUCCUCCUACAGCCUCAAGUCCAUGACGUCGAGUAUCAGUGGGGCCACACUGGCACCAUCCAGCUUAAGUGGAAGUUACACUACCUCCAAGUCAAAGAGUAGCCUUAAAAAAUCUCCCACGAAGAGGUAUACUCCGAGCAGGGCUGUUAAGGAUUUCGCAAACUAUCCUUGUUAUAAUAAACUGAGGUUGGACAGUGCUGUGAGUCCGAAACAUUCUCCAAGAUCCAGUGCUGCUGAGAAGGUUCAUUUCCAGGACAAGGAAGACGAGCCACCAGUGGUGUACCGGCGCACGAACCGCAACGCAGACAACCGCCACUCCAUGAUCCACUACGACCACGACAACUCCAAGCCACAGCUCAAAGAGCGACCCAUCACCGUGUACGAACCUCUACACUUGGAAUACAGAGACUCUCCGUCUCUAUGUUCACCUAAAAACUCCAGAAUGGACGUUCGAAGUAUGGACUCUCUGCCUAUGGAUUCACCACAAAUGUCCAGAAUAGAUUUGAGAUGUGACUCUGAUAGCAGGAGCUUGGAUUCUCCUAAAGUGAAAGCGGAGUAUUAUAGGGAGGCGGUGCUGGAGUCUCCUAAGCUGGUAGCUGGGUUAAGGAACUUGCAACUGGAUGACAGUCAGAUGGAUGAGAGCGGUUACUACAGCCCUGGGCGGCGGCAGCAGGCCGUGAGCGAGACGCACUUCGAGUCGUACGAGCGCGGCGCGGGGGACGUGAGCAGCGAUACCACGCCCGAGCCGGUCUGCAAUACGACGUGCACUUGGUGCGGGCGACGCGUGCGCGCCGACGGGCUGGAAGCGCACUACUGGCGGCGCUGCGUGCUGCUGGCGCGCUGCCCGAGCUGCCGCGUGGCCUUGGAGGCCAGGGUGCUGCACCUGCACUUGCUGGAAGAGUGCUCAAUGGGCGAGGGCUCGUGGAAGGCGUGCACUAAGUGCGGCGCGGCGCUGUCCGUGGGCGAUACAGAAUACCACAACUGCAUACCAUUAGGCAUGGACGAGUGGAAGUGUCCGUACUGCCUGACGAACGUGCUGGCCCGCGACCUGCCCUGGCAGCGCCAUCUCAUGCAGUGCCCGAGAAACCCACGGCUCAGCAAAGCCUCGUAACGUAAGGAAUAUAUCUAAUCUGAGAUUGUUUUAUUUUCAGAAAAGUCAAUUUUCAUAAUUAUAAUGCAUAGAAGGCCUUAUUGAGAGUAACGCACACAUUCAAAGUGCGUAUGGAGGUAAAUAACUCCUAUGAUUGGAUAUUACAUCUUUGUAUCGAAUUUAAGGCUGUCCAUUGACUGUCCAUGUAUUGUUUUCACAACGUUUGGAAUAGAUACUCAUUUAGACUUUAAUAAGAUCUCAGUAGAUAUUAGAUAGUUAUAACUAAUUUAAUUAGAUAAUUUCUCUUAAAAUCAUGAAAUGAUAAGCGACUAGUUGACCGGCCAAAUUUGAACUUUAACUACUAAAACGUAAAGUCCAUUUUGAAAAGAUUAUAAUAUGAAUUUAAAGGUUCUAGGUAAUUCGAUGACAAGUUACAACAAAAUAUAUAACAGAUAACUUACAUAUUCUUGGUAGAACUUCAUAAUUAAACUUUUUUUAGAAAUGA